AACCGAAAACCCCAUAACUAUCCUCGUCGUGCGUCGCUUUGCUUCAAAUUCUCGCCGGCUACUUGUCAUUGUGGUGCUGGCGGGUGGCUGUUUGGUGCUGUGUGGUCUCUUAUAGAUUUGUUCGAGUCGAUCUGAGCAUUUCUCGGUUUCUGUCACAUUAAUUUUACCCUUUUCGCAAACUCACAUGGGAUUGCUAUUUCCUUACCUGACAGUAGCGACAGCAUAAGUGGUUUCUGAGAUGAACUUUUCUGGAAAUGGUCUUAGCGUUGGAUGUUCCAUCUAAAAGUGGGGACUUUAUAUGGUUUUCAUCAACUGCAGGCUAGUAUUUGAAUGACGCUGCAUUAAAUGAAAUUGGACUUUUUUCUUUUAUAGAAGGUGGACUUACAGUGUAAACAAACCUAAAGACUGGUGGAGUCAGUCGUGAAAAUCCUUUUUAUAAGUAUACGGUGAGUUUACUCAAAGUCUCGCAAGAUGGGAGUUAUCGUGUCGAGAUUGUGGUUUUACAUGUUUCCAGCGAAAGAAUAUAAAAUAGUUGUUGUGGGAUUAGACAACGCUGGAAAAACGACGACACUUUAUAAGCUGCAUUUGGGCGAGGUUGUUGUCACACAACCAACAGUUGGCAGCAACGUGGAAGAGCUUGUAUACAAGAACAUACGUUUUGAGGUCUGGGAUCUAGGGGGCCAGGAACGAUUGCGAACAUCCUGGGCGACAUAUUAUCGGGGCACUCAUGCGGUGGUGAUGGUCGUUGACAGCACAGACCGGUCAAGAAUCUCUAUCAUCAAAGAAGAGCUCUUCAAGUUGAUGCAACAUGAAGACCUUCAGGGUGCUGUAGUCCUGGUUUUUGCAAAUAAACAGGAUCUGAAAGACGCCAUGUCUCCAGCAGAAAUUAGUGAUACACUGUCCCUGCACAGUAUUAAGAAUCAUGAUUGGCACAUUCAAGCAUGUUGUGCCCUAACAGGGGAAGGGCUCUGGGACGGCUUGGGGUGGGUUGCCCAGCACGUUACUGGAUCUAAGGUCUUACCUUAGAGGUGUUGUAGAACUCCUGUUUAGCUCAUUGUAUUGUAUCUUACUGCCCCAUGACUUCAUUCUCAGCUACUGGGCACUAACAGAUCUGUAUUGAAUCACUUCGUGAUGGUGAAUCUUCAGCUCGUCUCACAAUGACACUGAAACCCUUGGCAACGCUUCUGCAAAGAUACUAAACCAGGUACUAUACAGCCAGGUUGAAGUUGCCAAGUAUUGGGCGCUUUGCAGAAUCUGUUUGCUUUAAUAUCCCAUCAUCAUUUAGGUUAGAAUUGAAAUUCGUUUUGCUGAACCAGAAAGCAGCUUACUUUGGCACACACUAUGUGGCGAUCUUUCUAUUGGUGCAGUGUGGAUUGAAUAAGUGUUUCGUCUUCUGAGAUUUUUGUUAUGAAGCAUUUUAAAAAAAAUGUUCAAGCAGCUGUAGUUCACUGAACUCUACUUCCAUUGAAACGUUUCCUUCAUUUUGUGGCAACUUGAGUUUCAGUGACUGUACUUUCCCAACCCAUGACGCUCCUGAGCAGGUGCAUUGAAGAAUUAGAGUGAAUGUAAUAAAACCUGAAUUUUCUCAA